CCACCUCAACCCUCCUGGAGCUGUGAGCAGUCAUGGGGUCGGGGUGGGGAGGUCUCUGCAGCGCGUUCUGAUCCUCUCGUGCUCGCCCACGUCAGUCCCCGUGGUGACAGCCUGCUACCGUCUCUUUGCUUCUCUACGGUCCUACAGAGUGAAGACUUAAUUCCAAGGUCAUGGCAAAACAUCUGAAGUUCAUUGCCAGGACUGUGAUGGUGCAGGAAGGGAACGUGGAUGGUGCAUACAGGACCCUAAACAGAAUCCUCGCCAUGGACGGGCUCAUUGAGGACAUCAAGCGACGCCGGUACUACGAGAAGCCCUGCCGCCGCCGACAGAGGGAGAGCUAUGAAACCUGCCGGAGGAUCUAUAACAUGGAAAUGACACGCAAGAUCAACUUCUUGAUGCGAAAGAAUCGGCCGGAUCCUUGGCAGGGCUGCUGAGGCCUGUGGAUAGUAGGCCCAGUAGGAAAACCUCUAUCCAGUUGUGUCUCCAAGUUUUCUUUCUGCAACCCCAUUUUCUCUUGCCAUUUCUUGCAAAUAAACUCAAUCACAUAUAUAAGAA